AUGCUGGAAUCAACGCUCGCCAUUUUCAAUUCCCUCGCCAAAGCCCCCGACGACCAGAACCAGGCGGACACGAUUGUUUCGCUGUGGAGGAGGCUGAAGGAAGACUUCAACACCGCCGAUCCCGACCUCACAAUCGCACGCGAUAGCUCCUUUUCGACCUUCGUCCUGCAACACGUCAAUCCUGCUCUGCUUAAUGUCGCGUUGGACGCUGAGCUGGCCGAUGACAUCGCUAAGCUCAAUCGAGACCUCCUCAAAGAGGGCCUGUAUCGCUUGGGAGCCAACCUUAAACACUUCGAAGUCUCCAAGAGCACCUUUGUGUUCCUUUUUGGCGUCUCAGUUGCUGCCAGUCGCGCCGCUCAAGACGCCUUCAAGUACCUGCGACAGACACACCCGAAAGUCACCAUUCUCGACAUCAAUCGAGCCUUCGAAUCCACCAGUCCGACCAUUACUACACAAGGUGCGCCCUUUGUCAAGGAGAGGAAACCGGUUGAUCGUCUGAAGGAGGCUCUCACUUCUCUUGACGUCAACGCCUGGAGCAAACCUCCGCGGAAGGCUGAGUCAAGAGAUUUGGCCAGGGAAGAGAACUCCGACGAUGGGAUAACGGAUGGAAAUGACAAGAAUAAGGGCACCAAUGGGAAGAAGGGCCAGGCCGGAGACCACCGACGUGCCAGCAUUGAUCUAGGCAAAGACAGCGACAGAGUCGACUUAUUCAGGGCUGGCAGUCGAGCUCCGAACCCCAGCGACGAUUCCCACGCCCCAGGCAAACGUCUCGACGAACAAGAACACAUGGAAGGUAGCGACUCAGAUCGAGAAUUGGACAAUAGUUUUCACCUUGGGGGUAACGGAGGUAACUCCUCAGAUGAAGAGGGGGAGGAAUUUGGCAUCCCGGAAAUACCAGAAACUCCUCCUGCAAAAAAUCGUAUGAACCCACAACAGUCGUUCCACAGAGACUUGUCAACCAUUGUCGAAGAGUCAACAAUAUUCUCAGAUCCCCUACCAAGUCCCACUGUCAACAAAAAGCAACACUUGCCUGUUACUGAGUCGUCAGACGUCUUCAGUAGCAACAUCACAACCCGCAGAAACCGCCGGUCGGCAUCAGUAGCGAACAUCCAAGACGAGCACCAUCCUCGCAAACGCGCCAAGUCUGACACUUCCAACGACGAAAGCUUCGAGUUCAGCCGGUGUAGCAAACAAGAACGCAAAUUCAGUCCAGAGCUUCCACGGCAUGGGCUACCAGCACAACAGCAGUCCUCUCCGUUGUUUGACCGUUCGCCGCAGAUUGGUCCUUUCGACGAAGACUCAUUCCAGUCUCCCAAGGACAUUAAUCCCCCAGCACAUUCUUCCGUUCUUUUGUCGCCAUCUAGCACUGCUUUACCGAUUCCUUCGCCUCUGGCCGAUAAAAGCAUCGCCGAGUCGCGCACCUCAGCUACCAUGGAGCCGCUGCAGACAGUUUCCGUGCAGAGAAUUGACACUACCACUUGGUUGCGGGGCGCCGAACUCCUUCACUGCAUGGGCAUGAUCCUGGAAUCUUGUGGGGAGCACUACUGGCUCCUUGUCGACUCUCUGGUCACAAGCAAAAAGGUGCCUAGCCUCGACAAGUCGACGUUUUUGGGGCUUUCUCAACCAAACACCACCGCCGUCUUACCUUUGUUCUUGGGCGGGAAUCACUGGACACUUGUCAUCUUGCGCCGCCAUGCGUCCUAUGUCGAGGCCGACUUCUACGACUCGCUACAAAAUGAUGCCCACACGAGGGAAGCACAAACGCAGCUGGAUGGCUUUUGCCGUGCAUACCUCCCGAACUUGUCCCGUCCCGCCGGUUACAUGGCUUCGAUGCCUUGCGCCCAGCAGAGCAACGCCAAUGAUUGCGGCGUACACGUUAUCGCCUUCCUCGCGUAUCUGGUAGUUCAGCGCACCGCCCCAGCCAUCAACUCGAGUUUAUGGAGGACACUCAUCACGAUCAUGACAGACACGAGCAUGGCACAGCAUGGAGAGCUUUUGAGCGCCAAGGAUCGCCACCGAGUCUUCUUCCGGUCACAAUUCCUCGAUCAUGGUGACAUGGCCCCACCCACGUCUUCCAUCCCAGCACCAGUACUGAAACCUGGCCGCGUCAGUACCUCUGAGGCAAACGACUUCGCUGCCAAGGUGGAUGAGUGGAAGAAGAACGUCGUCGCCGACGCGGCAAAUGCAAACAAGGAGCGGGCCUCAGUGUGGACGGCAGCCCAUCAACAACUCAUGCGUACAGGACAUGUGCUGCAGAACAUUGGUACCAUGGCCGCGGCUACCUUACGAACCGCCGAGGCAACAGUCCUACACAAGAAGGACGAGCACUGCCGGCGCAAACAGCUUGCCGUACAGGAAGGCGACAGCCCAGUCAGGUUGGCCGAAACCGAACAGACAAGAUGGCUGGCAGAGGCGGAGCGCGAGAUGUUGCGGGCCGAGAAGGACGCUCAGAAGCUGCGGGUGUACACGCAGAUUUGGGAGUUCAUGGCUGAAUUAGUGGAGGAGGGUCGCUGCGCCGUGGAAAGACGGCUAGACAUGGCACAAGGUGUGUGA